AUGGAAAGUUAUUAUGUCUGCAGUGCUUCGGAUUUGAAGGAUAUGGGAAUGUUAGUGAGACAGUUUACUGAUAAAGCAUGUAACCAUAUACAUUUAUUCAUUUCCUCGCCUGCUCCUACAAACUUGGUAAUGCUGUACCUGUCUCCAGAUAAUGCUAAGAGACAUGUUGCUGAUGAAUCCAUUCGUAGAUUCAUCAAUUCAUUGAUGAGUACUGAUUUGCAUAUGAAGAGAUACAGUGAAUGUGCUCGAUUUAUAUUAGUGUUCUGUAAGUUACUGAGAAGAGUUGUUGGGCUUGAGGAUCUCUUAUAUAGAUUUUGUCGGAGUAGUAUAAGGGAAAUAAUAGAGGUUGUUGGGAUUGCAGGGUGCAAGAAGAAUGUUGCAAAUGAAUUGUUAGCAUUGAAUGAUGCUUUUAUUUUUGUUCAUGAGGUUGUAGUUGCUGAUUUAUUUCGUGAGUUAGAAUUGAGUAUGGGAUCAAUUGAGUUUACGGGGUUAUCACUAAUGAGCAUUGUGCGUGAUUUUACUGAGUACACGUACUUGGUGAGGGCAUUGAUGCAACAACCUUUCGAUGGUCCAAGCGAUGAAGCAGUGUAUGACAGAGAGUACAUUGAGAGCUUGCAUCAUAUUUUAUCUGACUUACAUAUCGUUUUAUAUGAUUUGCUAGAUAAAAUAGAGAGGUGCUUAAGGAAAUUGGAAGAUCAGCUGAGAUUGAUCAAUGAAGAUGGCAGGCUUAUCGUAUCGUGGUUGUCUCAGUAUCUUGUUAUACUAAAAGAGUUCAACAACAUUUCUAAGUUGUUUAACAACUCGGAGGUCUUUUGGCAAAAGUUGAGUAAACGAAAAUUUUCACUAUGCUUUCUAAUCGAGAUGUUUGCAAAGAGUUUUGAAGAUUAUCGGUGGAUCAUUGAGCACAAGGAGGUAACCAAUUACAAAGUACAGAGAGAUUUCACAAUGAUGUUACUUGAAAAAGCUAGAGGUGGAAACAAGAAAGAGACAUAUGAGAUGCUCAUGGAUAGGUCCAUGUUGUUGGAUAUAUCUUUUGAGUUUAUUGUAGAUCAGGAUCCUGCAUUGCUGCGAGGCGAUCUGUUAAUGCAAUUCAAACAUGAAGAAGCUAUUGGGCCCGGAGUGUUGAUAGAGUGGUUCUUCUUGUUGGCUGGAGAUGAAAUUUCAUUGGAGGAUAUUCGGGAUGCAGAUCCCUCCUUGUACAGUAGCUAG